AUGGACUAUUUACGGGAAGAGGCCGAGGGUAUACAGUGGGCACUCUCCUCUCCCACCUCAUGUGCCAGUCCCAUCGAAUUCGCCGUCGGUUCCUCCCAAUGGUCCCUGAAGCCAAUCGCCGAUUCAUCAUGUCGCCAAACCCCGUCGAUUACACCCCCCGGUGAUAUACCAUCGGGGACAGGCCCGCAAUGGACAUUUCAACACGUUGAUUCGACUUUGCGAAAUACGAUAUUAUCUCACGCGAGUCGCGUGUCUGAAUCUAGCCCAACGCCUUUUCCCAUCUCACGGAAGCCCUCGCUCCCCUCCAGCAAAGAGCGUCCUAGCAUAGUCACUGACGCUCCUUCACCCCCAGUAUCGGAAAUGGGUACCAGAGCGCCCGUCCCCGUUGGACCUACGACGCCAAUGUUCCCACCCCGUGAAAGGGUUCGGGGACUGGACUCACCGGUGCUCGGUUUGCUCGAUACCCUAAUUCCUCUUUCGCCCGCCUUGUCUUCUAGCCAGCUCAGACUUAUUCCUCCGCGUGCUUGGUCACCCAUGCCCAAUAGCCAGCUCUACCCCCCGCCCGCAGGCUCGGGCACAUCCACACCUCGCCCAUUGCCGACUUUCCAUACUGUAGUAAGAUCAGAUUCCGAGCUCAAAACAGAACAGGAAGAAACACCUUCUCUGCGGCAAACUUUGGACUCGUUGGACCAGCGUCUAUGUGAAUUACUCGAGGAAAGGAUGCUGGUUCAGAACCGAUUGGCACGUGCAGCCAGUCGACUAUCCCCUAUUUCACGACUUCCUCCAGAGUUGAUCGCGCGUAUCUUUGAGUGUGGUAUCAAUAUAGGUGGAAGGCCUGUACUUGGAUCUGGCACACAUGGGAUAUUUAUGGACGCCGUGCGAAGGGUUUGUAAGCUGUGGAGAGAAAUCGCUGAAUCGACUCCGUGCUUGUGGUCGUCCAUUAUUGUCGAUAUGCAUAAUCCCCUUGAAAGUACAGAAAUACGUCUCAGGCGAUCCCGCUGCGCACCUCUGGAUAUCCAAGUAGUAUUUACGGAUCGGAUAACCAGUCCAGGGAGUGUCAUGGGCAUUUUGAUGGAUGCUUUCGACUUACUCCGGCCUCAUAUGCAAAGAUGGCGAUCCCUACGUGUGCAGGUUCCCGGGUACGCACACGCGCGAACCGUCUUGAGAUCGUUUUCCGGAUCAGUACCACGCUUACAAGAGUUCUCGCUACAUGUUAGUACACCAAAGGUGGCGAGAAACAUCCGGGAGCUACCAUGGAUGCUCGAAGAGACCACCUCGCUAACAGCACUCUCUCUGUCAUCUGUUGCGUUUGGGUGGGAUAAUGCGGCUCUCUAUUUCAGAAACUUGACAACAAUAUAUCUCAGCGAUUAUUGGGCCAGCUCUGCACCUUCAUCUCUACAGCUUCUCUGUCUCAUUGACGCCUGUUCUUCAACUUUAACGGAACUAACCCUUCGUAACAUGUCGGAUUACGACAAUGAAGAAGAGCAGCUUCUCCUUGACGAGCUGCGCUAUGCGCCACAAAUUAAUCUUCCUCGUCUAAAGCGAGCUGUCUUUUAUUUCUCGGGUUGUUCAAGAUUAUCAGUGCUUUUUAGUCGACUUGCUUUACCUUCGUUGGAACACCUUGAAAUAUCCUACCUAGACGAUGCCUCAGUUCCUGUGGGCAUGCUCUGCGAACAAAAGGAUGGAGGUUUGCCUCUAAAGACCCUCGUCAUUAAUUCGUCAUUGAUCGUGGAGGAGCAGCUAGUCCAGCUGUUGCAGAGAGUUCCUGGUCUCAUAUCUCUCGAACUGGUGGAUUGCGAGGACGUGUCGCCAUUUUUAUUGAACGAGCUCUCCAAUGCUCAACCUUGGCUUUGUCCAAACCUUCGAUUCCUUUCAAUCGAUGGGUGUACAUCUGUCGACUCCCAGGCCGUGAGAAUUCUAGUUAGCUCAAGGUUAUUGGAAAGCCAAAAGUCCAUGAGGCAGAGCGAACUCCGGAAUUCAGCUGCACCUAUUCAAGAAUUGCAUAUAUCCCGUUGCCUUCAGAUUUCGCCUGAUACAGUCGAAUGGCUAAAAAUUUCACCACCAUCAACACGCUGUGUCAUGCUCCGUGCUCUGGUCGACUACGGUGAUGAUUCCGAGGAUGAUAGUAAUAACGAAAAGGGACCUGUUGAUACGUGUAUACCGGACUCGCGUUUAAUGAAGCGCAAGAAUGAUUCAGCACAUCAACCGACUACUCCCCCCAAGAAACUCAAAGCUCUGCCAGCAUUAGACUCUUCUUUGUUUGCCCCUGCACCCAUUGACGACCCAUCCAAACACCAGGGCCGAAAAAGAACUAUUCCGGGAGCUUCUUGCAUUAUUGAGGAGCAUUGUGAAAUCCGCGCAGUCAGAUUCGACCGCUUGGCACUCGCUUUUAGAACCUAUACCAGGAACAACCAUCUGUCCCGUCCGGUUCCUCUACGAGCACACCAACGUGAUGACUUUAGGAAAGAGGUUAGGAAAGCGGCUCUGGAGCGCACUCAAUUUGUUGCAUCUUUUGCUCAGGUCACCACAUUAACUAAUGACGAUCAUUCUCGAGCAUUCCUUUGCGUCGAGGUAGGGGCAGGUCAUAAGGAGUUUCAGGCAUUAUCGCAAUCUUUAUCAGCCCACUUGGCUUUGCUCAGGCAACUGCCUUACUAUCCACAGCCCCGCUUUCAUAUUUCCAUCGCAUGGAUGUUGACCCACGAAUCCUCGAAUAACGUAUCGGUAGAACGCAAUCAAAAUGAUUCAGUCAGUUUGACCGAGAAAGAGACCAACGUAUACGAAAACAGACCAGAGUCUAGUACGGGUGCUGUUUCCAUUGAUGCCUCGUUGGUUGAAAAUCUCCAGGCCAAGUUCUCAAAUCAACUGUUAAGUCUAGGAAAGUUUGACGUGCAGAAUGUGGAGGAUACUCUCAGAGAUCCUCCACCCUUCACUAUCAGAUUACCCAGUGGCUUCAACACUAUGGCAAUAACGGAAUACAUCUCCGAGUUAAAAGAGUUUCUUACUUCGCCCUUGGUCGAAUCACUUGUGUCGGCUCAUCCUAAUGAAGUCGCUGCAAAGGGCAGCCCAGCCUUGUCCAACGGUUCUGACGAUGGGUGGUGGGAAUGGAUUGGACAAGUUGAUCCAAGCAGGCGUGCAGCAUUGAUUAAUUCACUGAUAAGUAGUGCUACUGACCAGACGAUCACACAACAAGGCAACCACCCCUUCCAAGACCAAGAGUUGCACCCCACACUUGAACAUUUGGUCGUCCGGAUCUCUCAGCUACGAUUACCCCGCACCCUGGAAAAUAUCGACGAUAUCCUUCCCGGAUCGAAUGCCCACCAUAAUAGUAGUAGUAGUGGGAUGUCUCCCAAAAAGGCCCACGAAGUCCAGCGACUCAGCAGCCUGAUCGACGUAAUAUACAAUACAUCCGUUCGAGGCCCCAACAGGCUGAUCGUAGACGUGGGAGCGGGGCAAGGCUACCUCUCUCACAAACUAGCGGCGCAUACAGGUACUCGCGUUCUAGCCCUGGAUGGGGACCAAGGACAAACGGAGGGCGCCGCACUCCGCGGUAAAGGUCUUUCGCACGCGGAACGUCAACGGGCACGGAACCGCAAAGACGCUCUAUCUCCUGGCGAUGCCAACCCCGAAUCUUUGGCUCCUCCACCUGUCACCCACCGAACCCUGUUUAUCACAUCAGAGUCCUUGCUGCGCGCCAUAGACGAGUGGAUCGAGUGUCUAGAUCUCGAUCUGCAGGGGACGACGCCGUGCCCAGUGUUCAUUACCGGUUUACACGCAUGCGGAAGCCUUACCCCGGCUGUAUUACGCUGUUUCGUGGACUUGUGCACCCGAUUCGACCAUCGGCAGGAAGUGGGGAGCAACGACAACAAGAAGAGGUGGACGCCCGUAGCUCUCGCGCUCGUCGGAUGCUGCUACAACUUGAUGCACGACCCGGACUUGAUGAAUUUGCUAGCAGAUUUUCCGCUCUCUGAAACAACGGCUCGGACGUACCCGCAGGGUGCGGUGCACCAUCUAACCCAAAACCAUCUUCAGUUGGCCGCGCAAUGCCCUGCCCAGUGGUCUCGAUCUCAGAGCGAAGCGGAACGUGCCAGCCUCGCGAGACGGAAGAUUGUGUGGAGAGCUAUGCUCGCGCGAUCAAUUCAUAAUAGCUCUAGGGAACCCUCUACCGAAAGUAAUAUACCUUCCAAUAGGCUUGGUCGUCUGCCGGACCGUGCUUAUGCAAGUUGGGAGAUUUUCGUGCGGACGGCGUGCGAGAAAAUGGGACUAACGGCUGCGAAUUCCGCUGGAUAUGCAGUGGAUGAAGGGAGUCCGACGUUCUCUUCCGAAACAGAUACUUUAUCGUUCCAACUCGAGGUACUGCACAUUCUGCGCGCUCUCGUGGGACCUGUAAUAGAAAGCCUAAUCAUUGUGGACCGGACCGUUUUCCUGGCUGAGAAAUUGGGUGCGGUCGACGAAUCGGUCGGUUUCACUGUCCGAGCGCUGAAUGUGUUCGACCAAUUGAGUAGUGGUAGCGCAAGGAAUAUCGCACUCGUUGUUGAACCCGUAAACAAGCCAUCAAUACAAGUCUAA